AAUUAAAACUGACAGAUUCUUUUCGGAUGUGAAAAUUGUGAAGACACACUGUGACUGACUGCGAGACAAGCGUCCAAGAUGGGUAAACCACGUGGUCUUCGUACGGCGCGAAAACAUGUGAACCACAGACGCGAACAACGAUGGAAUGAUAAAGAUUACAAGAAAGCGCAUUUGGGAACAAGAUGGAAGGCUAAUCCUUUUGGCGGAGCCUCCCAUGCCAAAGGCAUUGUUUUAGAAAAAGUGGGAGUAGAGGCCAAGCAGCCAAACUCUGCUAUUCGCAAGUGUGUUAGGGUACAAUUGAUAAAAAAUGGAAAGAAAAUUACGGCAUUUGUACCAAGAGACGGUUGUCUCAACAACAUUGAAGAGAACGACGAAGUAUUAGUGGCGGGAUUUGGUAGAAAAGGUCACGCCGUAGGAGAUAUUCCAGGAGUGCGAUUUAAAGUAGUGAAAGUGGCAAAUGUUUCUUUACUCGCUUUGUACAAAGAAAAGAAAGAACGACCUAGGUCGUAAAUCAGUCUUAUAAAUGAUAUAUUGACGAAUAAACAAAGCUUGUUACAAAAUGUGUCAAUAAAAGCUGCUCUUCCAUUUUA